AUGGAGACCAACAAGGAUGCAUAUCUUCGAUACGAUCCUGCUAAAGAGAAUGCAUGGUUAAAUGCAAUCUUUGAUGCCUUGGGCCCAAAAGCAAACGAUUAUUACAAGGUUGCUACGCAACAACUUGUCACCAUUCUUAUUAUAGUGAUUGCAAAAAAGCAGCACGAGCAAUUCAUAUCCGAUGUCGAAGCAAACUAUGUUGGCGUUGGUAUAAUGAAUAUGAUGGGAAAUAAAGGAGGCGUUGGCGUGCGACUACGAUUCCAUGAUAGUUAUCUGUGUUUCAUGGGAUGUCAUUUGGCUGCAUUUACCGACCAAGUGGACCGACGAAACCAGGACUUUGGCGAGAUAUGCAAAAGAUUGACCUUCCCGCACCGCCCAGACGCAUUGACAAGCUAUGUAACUUAUUCAUGGAACGAUGGUGGAGACGAAGGUGUAACUUUUGUUGAGAACGAAGGCACUCUCCGCGACUGGUCACAGACGGCGUCCGUUUUUCAUUCAGACUACCUGAUUUGGCUGGGCGACUUGAAUUAUCGUAUCAACUUGACAGAGCCCGAGAUCAAAUCUCACCUGCGCCAAAAUCAGCUAGGUUUCUUAGUGGACUAUGAUCAACUUACUAUCGAACGAAGAGCGGGGCGCGCUUUCUCAAUGUUUGGAGAAGGAGCAAUCAAUUUCAUGCCUACUUACAAAUAUGAUGCUGGUUCAAACCAGUAUGAUUCUAGUGCAAAGAGACGGGCUCCUUCCUGGACAGAUCGCAUUCUGUGGAAGAAAGAGCGUGCUCGUAUCACAGAAGCGGAAGAUGACAAGCACGAGGCUCCGCUCAAGUUGGUCAAGUACCAAAACUGCAUGGACAUGAUGCUUAGUGAUCACAAGCCUGUCUACGCUCUCAUGGAAACAAAGAUUCGAAAAAUUGACAGCAAAAAACAAGCAGAAACACGAAGCGCACUUGUUCGGCAAUUGACAGAAACCCAAGAGAACAUCACCAAGGGACAGAUAUCGUCCUCGUUUGUUGAAUUCGGAGAUGUUCAUUUCAUGGAGUACAAGGAGCGAACGCUUAUUCUCGAGAACACGGGACAGGUGCUGGCACCUUUCCGAUUCAUCCCAAAGAUGGAUGAAAAUGAAAUUUGUCCUACUUGGCUUCGCGUCCACCCUAUCUCAGGCAUCCUCGGUCCUGGUGAAAAGGUGGUGAUCCACUUUGAGAUACUCAUCGAUCCCACCAUCUCUUCGCCUUUUAAUGAAGCCAAGGAGGAAAUUGACAACAUUUUGGUCUUGCGGCUGGAGAAUGGCAAGGACUUUUUCAUCGUCGUUACUGGACACUAUCAACCAACGUGCUUUGGUGUGAAUCUUGAGCGUCUGGCAUUGAUGUCUUUGCCCGUGAGCGAAGUCGCCGUGGCAUCGGACAAAAAAAAGUCAAGAAAAAGUCUCCGGCACGCUGCUUCAUCCUCGUCUGCCAAGAACAAUACCGGCAAGUCAUCUGAUAGUACCCCGAAUAAUGAAUCGCGUCUCCAACAGCAAGCUACCUUACCAAAAGAGCUUUGGAGAGUUUUGAAUUUCUUGUGGAACAAGAACAUGUUGUGUCUGGACCAUUUAUUCUUGGAUCACGGUGAUCGUGUCAUUUCCGAGUAUGUGCGACGGAGCCUUGAUACUGGCGAACAAUUCGAUUCUAAUGUUUUGCUAAGUGGCAAACGAAAGCAGCACAAAUCUAAAGGUGCUGAGAAUGACAACGAUUAUGAUGAUGAUGAUGAUGAUAGUAGCAGCAAUGAUACUGCAGUGGACAACGAAAAAGACAAUACCGAGGCAAAGGAUGAUGUUAACGACACUGUGGGAGCCAAUUCAAUGAUUGAUAUUCUUGUUGCAUUCCUCGAAUGUUUGCCUGAGCCCGUCAUUCCUACAUCCAUGUAUAAGCAAGCAUUGCUAGCGGCUGAUUCUGAAGAAGCCAUGAACCAGUUCAAGAGCGAAAUGCCCCAUAUCCAUCUCAAUGUAUUACUCUAUAUAACCAGCUUCUUGAAAGAUGCAAUCAAAUACGCACCCGAAUCGUAUCGAGACGCACGUCUGACCCGUAUUGCCGAGAUCUUUACAGUCAUGCUACGACCGGCGCCAGAAUACAAAGAACAGAACCCGCCCUUGGCCAGACAGAAACGUGCGAAAUUUGUCUUGAGCCUUUUGAACGAAUACACGAACUAA